CUCAUCUCAGUGGUCUGCUCAUGCCAAGCUUGAGCUAUCACAGAACCCUACUUGUUGUGUUUGAUAGGCAGUUUGGCCACCUCUCAGCAUCGAAGAUGAAGAUUGGCAAGGGCACGGAGCUUCUGAAGAAGGUGGCUGCGACGUGCAAAAACAAGACCAGCGUGCUGGCAGCCAGGCUCCUCGUCCUCGUGUCCCUCCGUCGCAGGUUGGCCACUGUCGGCGCCUUCUCCCACAGGAUCCAUGCGCUUGUGGCUGCCGCUGACCGGGAGAAAGGUGCCAGGGUGGACUGCCACAAGGCUCUCGUGGUGCGCAAGGUCUGGAAGACGCCAGCGAUCCCUGGUGGUGAGAUUGUUGUUAAUAUCUCUCAUCAACUGGCACUGUUUGAUCCAGAGGAUGAUGGUGAUGGUGGCUGCACUGAUCGGACACUACACACCAUCUUCAAUGACGAUGACAACAACUGUUGUUACACCGAAGAUUGCGAGGUGGGCGACGAUGAAGAUGAUGGUCAUGUGCUACUCGAUGAGUGUGAUGAAGACGUCGAUGACCAACCGCUGGUCAUAGAUGUAAUCCGGAACAACCGAGAGGCACAGGGUUUAGAGUUCAGCAUUGACAACGAAAUUGAUCAGGCUGCUGACAUGUUCAUCACAAGGUUCCAGAAGCGGAUGAAUCAGAGCUUCUAGUGAUCUUGUUAGCUCAUAUCUAUUUGUUUGUAUGACAAAAUCUGAAGUGUACGUAUACUGAGUUAUUGGUUGCUAAUAGAGGUACGGUAGAUUGGUGGGUGUGAACUAGACUUGUAUACCGUAUUUAGAUAGGGAGAAAAGGAGAUGGACAUAUGCUGUCUGCCAGAGAAUAGACAUUAUUUUUCUAGCACACACAAUUGAGUUUUCUUUGGGAGAAAUAUAGCAACGUAUGCUAGUGAAACAACACAAGUUAGAGCAGAUGUUUACCAAAACUA